AUGACUGAAGACCCGUCGAGCAAUGGCGCCGUCACUCCUCCCCGCAAGCCCAACGAGAGCUCGCUGUCGCUGACCGAGUACGCUGCCAAUCCCACCCCUCCCAACGAACCCGGAGAGCGCCCAUUCCCCCCGACCUUUGACAUUCCGGAGGACUUUAUCCUGCCCAAUGGCUAUCCCGAUUAUCUUCGCCUCAUUCUGACCUCCCGCGUCUACGACGUCGUGGAGGAGACGCCUCUCCAACAUGCCGUCAACUUGAGCAAUCGGCUAGAAUGCAGAGUUCUGCUGAAACGGGAGGAUUUGCAGCCCGUAUUUAGCUUCAAACUGCGGGGCGCGUACAACAAGAUGGCUCAUCUGCCCCCUGAGCAGCGGUGGAAGGGUGUCAUUGCAUGCUCUGCUGGCAACCACGCGCAAGGCGUGGCAUACUCCGCUCGGAAACUCAAUAUCCCCGCGACCAUCGUCAUGCCCGCGGGGACCCCGGCCAUCAAGCACCUCAAUGUGUCCCGACUAGGCGGGAACGUUGUGUUGCAUGGCAAUGACUUCGAUGCUGCCAAGGAAGAAGCGCACCGGCUGGAGAAGCUGUACAACCUCACCAGCAUUCCCCCGUUCGAUGAUCCCUACGUGAUCGCGGGUCAAGGGACCAUCGGGAUGGAAAUCCUGCGUCAGGCCAAGCUGCAGCACCUAGAGGCCGUCUUCUGCUGUGUCGGCGGUGGCGGGCUUAUCGCCGGCGUGGGUGCCUACAUCAAGCGCAUCGCGCCUCAUGUCAAGGUCAUUGGUGUCGAGGCCUUCGAUGCCAAUGCCAUGGCCCAGUCUCUGAAGGAGAACCGCAGGGUGACGCUGAAGGAAGUAGGCCUGUUCGCGGACGGGGCUGCCGUCAAGGCUGUCGGGGAGGAGACGUUCAGAAUCUGCCGGGAGGUCGUCGACGACGUCAUCCAGGUCACCACCGACGAGAUCUGCGCCGCCAUCAAGGACGCUUUCGAAGACACCAGGUCCGUCCUGGAACCGGCCGGCGCCCUGGCCCUUGCAGGUCUCAAGAAAUAUGUGGCAGACCAUCCCAACCCGAAUCCGAAGCGAGAGCUGGUGGCGGUGACCUCCGGGGCCAAUAUGGACUUUGACCGACUUCGAUUCGUCGCCGAACGGGCGGCACUCGGUGAAAGGAAGGAGGCCUUGCUGAGUGUCGCGAUCCCGGAACGGCAGGGUGCCUUUGCGGCCCUCAUCGACGUUCUGCGGCCCUAUCCCGUUACCUCCUUCCACUACCGCUACACGCGAGAAGACACGGCCCAUAUCCUGAUGAGCAUCUCCCUGUCCACGUCGACGGGUCGACAGGACCUCGCUGAGAUCUUCGAGGAACUCGAGAAGAACGGGAUGCGGGCAUCCGAUCUCAGCGACGACGAGUUCGCCAAGACGCAUGCGCGGUACCUGGUGGGCGGGCCCAGCGGCGUCAAGGACGAGCGCAUCUUCAUGUUCCAGUUUCCGGAACGGCAUGGCGCGCUGAUAAAGUUCCUGACCAACCUACGCCCGAGUCACAACAUCACUCUUUUCAACUACCGCAACUACGGCGGCGACGUCGGCCAGGUGUUGGCAGGCAUCCAAUGUCCUCCCGGGGAGGACAGCGAGCUCGACAGCUUCCUCAACGAUCUCGGAUAUCCGUACACGGAAUGCACCGAUAACCCAGUGUACAAGAUGUUUCUUCGAGACGAUUAA